AAGAAACGAGAGACGCGCAUGUUCCAGUCAGAUCCAGCAGAGCGCCAAUCAGAGACGGACAGAUCACGGCUUCCGUAUUGGUGGUAAAAAGAAACAUGGCUGCCGCGAGGAACGGGAAGAACGGUCUACUGGAGAAAUGGAAAAUCGAUGAGAAACCAGUGAAAAUUGAUAAAUGGGAUGGAGCUGCUGUCAAAAACUCCCUGGAUGAUGCAGCAAAGAAGGUGUUGCUGGAAAAGUACGGUUACGUGGAGAACUUCAGUCUGGUGGAUGGCCGUCUGUUGAUCUGUACUGUAUCAUGUCUUUUUGCCAUGUUGGCCCUGGUGUGGGACUACCUGCAUCCCUUCCCUGAGUCCAGACCAGUGCUGGCCUGCUGUGUCAUUUCGUACUUCGUCAUGAUGGGCAUCCUGACACUCUACACGUCCUACAAAGAGAAGAAUAUCUUCCUGGUAGCACUGCAGAGGGAUCCAGCAGGGAUGGAUCCAGACCACGUGUGGACACUUUCAUCCUCUCUCAAACGGUUUGAUGAUCAGUACACACUCAGAGUUUCCUUUACUGAUGGGAAGUCCCGCAGGUUUAGGGAGGCAGAGUUCAUGCGCUCGGUGUCGGCCUUCUUUGAUGAGAAUGGCACACUGGUGAUGGACCAGUUUGAAAAGUGUGUUUCUAAACUGCACGACACACUGUCGUCUGACAAGAAGUCAAAGUAAAACAGUGUGGUCACGGUGGUGGCUUGUGAUGAAACAGCUAGACGUCCACUGCAGAAGCACAUGAUGUCACCAUGUGGUAGUUUACCACCUUAGUGAGGACCAGACUGUUUCUUGUGCAGAUGAUUUCUGUGAGUUGAAUUCAGAGAAAAAUGAAUAAAAUUCACUGGAAUCAUCAACAAUCUUUCCCACCUGUUGUCUGCGGUGUGGCAGAAGUCUUCAGAAACAAAAAAAACAAAUUUUCUUUUUUUUUUUUUACUUCAUUUCAACUUAUCCUAUUUUACUUUUCAAUUAGCAAUUGUUUAUUUUGCCAUCAAACAGCAGCUGUGUCAGUAACACUCUACUGUGUUAGUAACACAUUAUAGUAGCCAAAAAAGUCAGGCAAUUCUCUAAAGCCAUCUCAACUUUUUUAGGCACAGAUGUUUGAGGUCAUCGUCUUUCAUUUUUGGGUUUUCUGACAACCAAAACAGAAAUUUGUCUUAAUGUGGACCACAUUUAAUUUUAACCAUAUGUAUGUAAACAUCGUGACAAAAUUAAAGAGGGAUUCUGUUACACAA